AUCGGCUAUUUUAUAUAAUCUCCUAAUCAUGAAAUUAUUAAGCUUUUUAAGUACACAUUUACCAAUUUGUUGUAUUGGUGCUCUCUGAAGUUUUUUAUCUACGCAAGACACAUUAACAAUAUUGUUAUAAAAAGAAGACUUUUGGUUAGGAUUUAUGUGGUUAAUUCACUUACGAUUAAGUGUUUUAAACAUAUAUGUGUUCUUGUUGUUAUUGAGGCAUUUGAAGAAGUAGGACAUGCCCUUCACUUUUAUGAUACUCUUAAUUAUAUGACAGUCAAUAUUGUGAGCAUGGAUUGGCUUGAUGAUGUUUUGGUAGUAUUUAGAGACAUGUAUUGGUAUUCUUUUUUCCCAAUAGAAGCAUCACGUGACAGUAUAACAUUAUUAGGAAUUCACAAUUCAUAUGACAAUGAAUCUGGAAAAAGUCAACUUCUGGCCAAUUAUCAUGAUGCAAUUCACAAACUACUCAUUGUUGUAGGUAAUGUUCACAAGCCAUUUGCAUAUUUCUGGUCCUCAAGCUCACAUUUACAAUGUUAUUUACAAGAGUUGGCUGAUAUAAGUGAAAUGAAUGAUAAUGUUGAUUCUUUGAAUGGAUUUGAAAUUCUUUUGCACACUGGAGUGGUAUUUUUCAUAAUGGUUGUAGAUAUAUUUUGGCAAAUAUUUACUGCUAUUUUUAUGAAAAUGCAAUGGACAAAAGAUUUGGUUUUAUUUCUAAGGCUAGUGCGGCGGCUUGUGUGGAUCAACAACAACAAUGCUCUGUUCCUUUGAUUUAUCCUUUGUGGAUUGGAAACAAAUUAAACUUUCAACAGUUGAUAUCCUCCUAUCAUUUGGCACUGACCAAGUUUGAUUUAAAACAAGAUCAACGUGUCUUGCUAGUGGUAAAUUUGAAAUCUUUCAUGAAGCUCAAGACGUGGCCAGUUGAAUUAAACUACAAAUUCAUGUUUUUGGCGCGGGUUUUUGGAUAUGCUGGGAUUUACUAUAGCUCUUCAACACUUGCUACAACCAUGCUCAAUCUUAUUCCUGAUUUUACCUUCAUACUUGUCAUUCUAUUUAGAAUGAAACAAUUAGAUUGGAAAAGCUAUAGUAGCCUAGCAAAAUCAUUGGGAACAAUAGUAUCAAUUGUCGGUGCUUUUAUUGCGACUUUGUACAAGGGUGCUGCACUUUUGAAGGGACCAUCAUCACCUGCAAACUUAUCUCAUCGGCUAGCUUUUUCACAGGAUACUAGUUGGAUGACCGGAGGAUCAUUUUUAGUAGCUGAUUGCAUGGUGGCUUCAGCAUUUCUAACAUUACAAGCUUAAAUUCUUAAGAAAUAUCCAGCAGGGUUGAUUGUUGUGUUCUUUUAUUCUUUCUUUUUUGCCAUUCUAUCUGUUGUGACCUAUUUGGUUGUGGAAAGAGACAUCAAUGCUUCGAGCUUGGAAUCUAAGCUAAGGUUAUUAUCAAUUUUAUACUCCAGAGUGUUUGGCUCUGCAUUUCAAGUUGGUGUGACUACUUAGUGUUUGCACCAGACAGGACCAGGCACAUGUGAUUAUUCAUCCUUGAGGACAAGGAUGUUUGA